AGCAGGCUCAGAACUUGUCAUCUUUUUCAUAACCACUUUGCUCUCCAACAACACCUCAACUAAGAAAUAGAAAACCGAACAUGGGACUUUGUUGCCAAAACCAAUGACUUGGUACAAAUCCAACCUCUAGUUAUCAUAGUAGGCACCUCAACUAUCGCGAAACAUUUACCCGUCUCUUAGCUAUUCUGUUCUACAGCUGUUUGUUUUUUUUGUUUGAGUGCAUCAUUGACUCUUUUACGAUCAUCAUGUCAGCUCCAUCACUCACCCCUUCCUCUUCUUUUGGCUAUGCAUUCACCUAUGAUGUGUUUAUCAGCUUUAGAGGCACUGAUACUCGUUAUGGUUUCACUGGUAAUCUCUACCAAGCUCUCUAUAGGAAGGGAAUCCACACUUUCUUUGAUGAUAAGGAGCUCUGGAAAGGAGAGGGGAUCACACCCUCACUUCUCAAGGCAAUUGAAGAAUCUAGAAUCGCCAUUGUUGUGUUCUCCAAGAACUAUGCAUCUUCUUCCUUUUGCUUAGUUGAACUUGUCAAGAUCAUGGAGUGCAUUAAGGGGAAGGGCCGGUGGGUCUUUCCGGUCUUUUAUGAUGUUGAUCCUAGUGACGUGCGACACCAAAAAGGAAGCUAUAGAGAAGCGUUGACUAAGCAUGAGGAGAGGUUCAAGGAUGACAUGGAGAAACUCGAGAAAGUGCAGAAAUGGAGGGCAGCUCUGCAUCAAGCGGCUAACCUGUCUGGCAAUGAUUUCAAGCUUGAUGAUAUUUUUUUAUUGGACAGAAGGGAAUAUGAACAUGCUUUUAUUGAGAAGAUCGUGAAGGAGAUCUCAAACAGGAUAGCUCGUGUUCCUUUGCAUGUUGCUGAUUACCCUGUUGGACUGGAAUCUCGAGUACUAAAAGUAAACAGUCUUCUAAAUGGUGGAUCUAAUAGAGGAGCCCAUAUGCUAGGGAUAUAUGGAGUUGGUGGAAUAGGUAAAACAACUAUUGCUAAAGCAGUUUAUAACUUGAUCGCUGACCAAUUUGAAGGUUUGUGUUUUCUUGAAAAUGUUAGAGAAAAAUCAAUUAAACAUGAUUUAGCAUAUCUCCAGGAGAUGGUUCUUUGUAAAAUUCUUGGAGAGAAAGCUAUACAGCUAACAAGUGUAAGUGAAGGAAUUUCAUUAAUAAAGCAAAGGUUCAAGAGAAAGAAGGUUCUCUUGGUUCUUGAUGACGUACACAAACUUGAGCAAUUGCAGGCAAUUGCUGGAAGUCCCAAUUGGUUUGAUUCUGGCAGCAUAAUCAUCAUAACAACUCGGGACAAACAUUUGUUGGCAAGUCAUAUGGUGGAGAGAACAUACCAAGUGAAGGAAUAUGAUAGAAAAGAAGCACUUGAGUUGUUUAUGUGGAAUGCUUUCAAAUGCGAUAAUGUUGAUCCAAGCUAUGUGGACAUUUCAAAUAAAGUAGUGUCCUAUGCUUCUGGCCUUCCAUUGGCUCUAGUGGUAAUAGGGUCAAAUUUGUAUGGAAAAAGUGUACAAGAAUGGAUAUCUGCAUUAGAGGAGUACAAAAAAAUUCCUAAUGAAGAUAUCCAAAGCAAACUUAAAGUAAGCUUUGAUGCUUUGAGUGAAUAUCAUAAAAAUAUUUUUCUUGACAUUGCUUGUUGCUUCAAAGGAUAUCAUUUGGAAGAGGUUGAAAACAUUCUCCAUGCUCAUCAUGAUGUUAGCCCGAAACUUGGCAUUAGUGUGUUGGUUGAAAAAUGUCUAAUAAAUAUUGAUAUGAAUGGCUAUGUCACACAACAUGACUUAAUUCAAGAUAUGGGCCAAGAAAUUGUUCGUCAAGAAUCACCUAAAGAUCCUGGAAAACGUAGCAGGUUAUGGCUUCCUGAAGAUGUUAUCCAAGUUUUACAAGAGAACACUGUAAGUAAAUCUAUGUGGGCAGUUUGA